AUGUCGUCCCAGCCAAGAGAAGCGUCAUGGAAGGCCAUUGCCCGUCGCAAGCAGGCGGAACGUGCGGCACGUAUACCUUCAAAAUGGCACAUACCAUCCAACGCCAUCCCCAAAGACCCACCAAAGCUUCAGGAUGGACCUCAGAAUGUCCUCGAUGUACCACGCCAAUUUUUAUCACGGUCUGAAAUCUCCAUUACCGAGUCAUAUACCAUUCUUUCGCUGCUCAAGGCCAUUUCAUCAUGUAAUCUCUCCACGACACAGGUUGUUGAAGCAUUCUGCCACCGCGGGGCUAUCGCACACCAGCUCACAAAUUGCCUGACGGAACCUCUCUUCGACACAGCACUGGAGCGCGCGCGAUACCUGGAUGAGUAUAUCCGUGAACAUGAUGCGCCUCUUGGGCCUUUGCAUGGCCUCCCGGUGUCGGUCAAGGACACCUUCAAUGUCACUGGUGUCGACACAUCAAUUGGUCUUGCAUACCUAUGCCAUAAGCCCGCCACACAGAACGCGCCCUUGGUCGACCUCCUCCUCUCACUAGGAUGCGUCAUCAUAGCCAAGACCAACGUUCCGCAGACACUCGGGAGCCUCGACUCGGUGAACAACAUUUUCGGCCGGACGAUGAAUCCUAUCAAUCGGAUGUGCACCGCUGGCGGGUCAUCCGGCGGUGAGGGCGUGCUCGUCGCCAUGAAGGGCUGCAUGAUCGGCAUCGGAAGCGAUAUCGGGGGCAGCAUCCGUGUGCCCGCCAUGUGCAACGGUGUCUAUGGCUUCAAACCUUCAAAUGGACGCGUGCCUUUCGGCGGCCAUGCUCUGACCGGAAUUCAGGGGAUGAGUCGCACAUCAGUGCAAGCUGUCGCCGGCCCGAUCGGCCGGAGUGUCGAGGAUAUCGAUACCCUCAUGCGCGAGAUCGUUCCUCGAGCUGCGUUGUGGGGAGAAGACUGCAUGCCUGCUUCGUGGUCACCCAGCCCCCACGGAUUACCAGUACUUGGCAGCGGCAAACACGGCGAAUUGGUUGUUGGUGUGCUCCGCACAGAUGGAAAUUGCAGCAUACACCCGCCGAUUGCCAACAUGAUGGACGAAGUGGCAUACUUCCUCGCGACGACACCCAACGUAAAGGUCAUCGAACUGCAAUGUCCCAAGGCAUUGACCAAGGCGCAGUCCGUCAUGAACAAGCUCAUGGGAGUCGAUGGUCAUGUCAAAAUGGCCGAGAUGAUUGAUGCGAUGGGCGAGCCACUGGUACCGUGGACUGCGGCGCGUUUCAAGAAGGGGAAGCCUCAACCGCUCACACGCGUGGCCGAGUUCCAGGCGCAACGCGCCGAGCUGGAACGAGAAAUGCUGAGGAUGUGGGUUGAGGAUGACGAGUGUGGUCAGCGGCGGCAAAAGCUAGAUGCCAUCAUCUGUCCCGUUGCGCCGCAUCCCGUGCCGCCGAUCGACGGCUACAAUGCUGUUGGAAUGACCAGCAGUUGGGUUCUACUGGAUUAUCCCGCGGGAACAGUGCCUGUCCGCAACGUGAAGGAAAGUGAUUUGCAACUGGGCCAUCCGCAGGGUGGCAAGGUCCUGGGAAGCUGGGAUGAGAGAAAUCGUGAGUUGUGGGACGAAGGCAAGAUUGAUAGGAAGGUUUAUCUUGAGACUCCGUUGAGUGUUCAGGUAAUCGUUCCGAGGCUGCGAGACGAGAAGUUGAUAGAGGUCAUGCGCUGCGUAGAUAUGGCCUGUAAAGGAAAAGGGGGCAACGUCCACGCGAAGCUUUGA